CAGUGGAGAAGUUGUGAUGGUGUCUUUCAGGUGGGUGUUUUUUAGGUAAUGGUUGAUAAGAGAACUGUGAGUUUCACAGUCAUACUUGGUUGAACAAAGGUAAAGUACCCUUUAACUUUAUAAGAAGAGGUGAGUAGGCAUUCUGGUCAUUUUAGCUUCUGCCUUCAUGCAAUAUUUGUUGUAAAGAAAGCUAGCUGGUUUCAUACCUUUAAAGCCAGCGUUGUGCAUAAGCACCUGCAACAAGGGAAAGAGGAGCAUCAUUCCAAAGAAAAAGAAAAAGAAAGAAAGAAGGCAAGAGGUAAACUCCAAGGAAGAGAAGAAGGGGUCUGGGAGGAAGCAAUGACAACCCAAAAACAGAUAUGGGAGCAGCAACAACCGCAGAUGCAGAAGAUGAAGAAUUCUGGAAACGUUAGUUGCAUUGGGAGCCCAACAAAGGAAGACAGAGAAGAGGACAUGUCGAGAUCGGCGCUGUCCGCGUUCAGGGCAAAGGAAGAAGAGAUAGAAAGGAAGAAGAUGGAGGUCAGGGACAGGGUUCAGGCUCAAUUGGGUCGCGUAGAAGUAGCAACUAAACGGUUGGCUGAUAUUCGGGAAGAGCUUGAUGCUCUCACAGAUCCGAUGAGGAAAGAAGUUGCACUGGUUCGUAAGAAGAUUGAUAUAGUUAACAAAGAGUUAAAGCCACUGGGGCAAAGCUGCCAGAAGAAGGAGAAGGAAUACAAAGAUGCCCUUGAGGCUUUCAAUGACAAGAACAGGGAAAAAACUCAACUACUUGCCAAACUAAAGGAGCUGGUCAGUGAAAGUGAGAAACAGAGGAUGAAGAAGCUGGAGGAGCUAAACAAAAACAUAGAUGCCCUGCAGUAAGAUGAGCCAACGCACCAAUAAUGAUAUCCCGCAGGCUGCAUACAAAGUUGGACAGAAUGCUGAAAAGAAGGAUAGCAUUCAAGUUUCAUCUAUCCGGGAACUAGAAGACAGUGCCAUCUGAAAGUUUUGUCAGUGCUAUUCUACCAAAGGAAGCACAUCCCAGCGUGCACCAUUUUGAAUAAGAAUUUUAUGCUUACUAGCCUUAGAAUGCCAUACAUAUAACUGAAAAUCAUGGCAUUGAAUAAUUACCAGAUGACAAGCAAGCAGGGAAGAGGAUGAAACGAAUCCAAAGAAACGUAUGUGUGUAUUUUGGGCGCCUGUUGUGGGGAUUGGGAGGCAUGGUUCUACAGGUUUUGCAACUUCUAGUCCGAGGCAUGGAACUACUGAAAAAAAGAAAAAGAGUUUUUGAGGAAGGAUAAUCCUUUUGUUUUAGAGUUUCUAUGUUGCGUUCUUCAAGGAAGGUUAGAUUGGUGAAACGUGCUGUAGGCCCUGGAAGGAUGACUGCCAACAUGUUUGAAUACAUUUCAAGACUCUCACCAGAAUAGCUUUGCAGGUUUAGAAAUAUGUGGUUUCUUAAGAUUUAAUGAAAUCACAAUAAUAAUGGAGUGGCACUGAAAGUCUACGCAAUUCCUAGUCUGACAAAAUGCUAAUGAAACUUGAGAUAAAAUGCUGUUA